GGAGUUUGGAUUUGAUAUCCCGCUUUAUCACUACUCUAAGGAGUCUCAAAGCGGCUAACAUUCUCCUUUCCCUUCCUCCCCCACAACAAACACUCUGUGAGGUGAGUGGGGCUGAGAGACUUCAGAGAAGUGUGACUGGCCCAAGGUCACCCAGCAGCUGCAUGUGGAGGAACGGGGAAGCGAACCCGGUUCCCCAGAUCACGAGUCUACCGCUCUUAACCACUACACCACACUGGCUCUCGGAUUCAAAGACACUGGCUCAGUUGUCUUUGAGAGACAACUGAUUCAUGCCACUGUCAGCGAGGUGUCAGUUUAUGAGCCCAGUUCAGAGGAGACAUGUGACAGAGAGAUACGGUACUGCAGACAAAAUGUCAUCACAAUAACCAGGCUUGCCAUAGCUCAGGCAGACAUCUAGUUCCUCUUCUAAUCUCCUGUAUCUCCACAAAUUCAAUAAUGUAGAGCACUAGGCAGUAAUUAAUUUAAGAAGUCACGAAAGGACUAUGCUCGUGCGCAUGCUCAUAACUCCAAUAUAUCAGCUGAGGGAGCAUGAGGGUGCAUUAGGGGUGUCGCUACAGCCUUUUCUCAGUUUGGUCACAGACCACCAUUGGUGCAGAAAGGGGCUUGGACUAGAUGACCCUGGGUGUCCCUUUCAAAUCUACAAUCCUAUGAGUCACUCUCUCAUAAUGGGAACAUUAGGUGCAGACACUCCGUGACAAAUUCACUCUUAAAAAUGUCAGAUCAAACAGCAACUAUAAAUUGUAAUUGUGGGAAAGACCCUGAGUUUAGUGUCCGAGUUUGCCGUCAUCCAAGUUUUACAGAACUCUUGUCGGAUGGGGCAACUAUAAGUUUUGAGGGGGGCAAUUAUAAACAGGAAAAUAGCAUGGUCUGAGUGUUCAUCCCUCCUCCCAGUAUAAACUGGGAUUCCCCACAACUUUUGCUAACAUAAAAAUAAAUAAAUGGUAGGUUAUUUUCUUAAUGGCUCUUCCUCAUCCUGUCUGGUUUGGCCUUAGAGACAAACAGGAGUGCAAAUUGCUACAAGUCGCUAUAUCUCUAGCCCUUUCUGACUGCUUAGUAAUUUGCAUUUCUGAUGUUUAAUACAUUUUCUGCAUGCUAUGCCCAAUACAUGGAAGUAAAUUCCCAUAGAAUCUGCCAGAUAGAUAUGCUAAGAAACAGGACUAGUUGCAAUCUAUCAAUUUCAGUGGGGCUUUCUUGCAUGUUUUGAAUUGCGACUUCUGGCUGCUGUCCUUAUCGCAUUUAUUAGGGAGUAAUUUUCAUUGUAUGCAAUGAAACACACUUAGGGGUUAUCUGUUAUACAAGCACUAAAUAAAAGCUUCUAUCUAGUUAGAAUAUAUUUCCUUUAGGGUGCAGAUUUAUUUAAUUCACAAAGCGUGAAUGGAAAAGGUGAAAGUACAUUUCUAGAUUCAUAAAACUUUUUGUUUUAAUAUGUCCUUUUAUGAUGCAUGAAUUCUUCUGUUACAACUGCAGUCUAUAAGGUUGUAUGCAAGAGACAUCCUCCAAACUGAAAUGUUUUUAUAAGCAUAAUGUAAGGUUGUUAAUGGUAUCUGUAGAAGGAUGAGACAGAUGGGUUCUCUAAAGACUUAUUUCUUCUUUCACUUAUCGUGCUAUAAAGUUUUAUGGUAAGCCUUGGCUGACUCGCGGGAGGUUACUACAGAGUUGUUGGGUUUUUUUUUUUAAAAAAAUGAGUGUGAAAUAAAAUUGUGGGGACUGUAAAUUCUGUUCUCUUAGGACAUUUAUAGUGAAAUGCCAGACUUUAGAAUUUUUAUGAAUGGGCUUCAUAGUCUUACUUCUGUGCAGGGGGAUUUGCUUAUGUACCCAAGACAAUAAACACAUGUUAAGUCUUUUGAAGGUCAUAAAAAGUUAUUCCAAUUAUGUCAUGACAGUCAUAAUUGUUCUAAGUCAUAUAAAGUGCAUAUACUGUUCUGCCGGGGCAAAUGGAAUAAUGAAACAAAUGGAAAUAGAACCCGACUGAGAAUCUAGGUGUAGUAGGUGGUUGUUGUAACUGUGCCGAUACCAGAGAGAAAAACAUGCAUAUCAGUUCAUGCAUAUCACUGUGCGCAAACACACAUUGACCCUGACAAUCCAUGAGGGUGUGUGAAGACAUCUCUCACUGGGCUUGCCCCGUUGCCAGCCACAUCCUAAGUCUAGAAAAGGCAUGCCACUAGAGAUCCAGCAACUACACUGCAGUUUUAGGCACCUGAGUAGAAAAAAGGUGGCGGCUUCUUGUUUUCCCCAGUCUCCUUUCAGCUCCCUUCCAACACCUCAGAGUGGUUGGAUGGUUGAAGCAGGAAUCCCUGGUGAAAUGAAGCUGCCUUUUAAUGUUUUCAUGUCAUAUUUUAAUCUUGUUUUUAAGCUGUAUUUCAAUCAAUUGUUUUUAUACCUGGUGUCAGCCGCCCUGAGCCUGGUCUUGGCUGGGGAGGGCAGGGUAUAAAUAAAAUUUAGUAGUAGUAGUAGUAGUAGUAGUAGUAGUAGUAAGUGCUACAAUACUUCAGACCGUCAGUCGUCUUGGGCAACUGCCUUCCCUGGCUGCAGCCUAUUGUAACAUUACCAGAUUUUUUUGAAUGAAUCCAGGGACACGUUAGUUAGUUAGUUAGUUACUACACGUUCAGGACAUUGAUGCUGCAGCGAUGGCGGUGGCAGAGGGGCGGCCGCCACCUUGACCUCAACUGCCACGUUUCCGCUUCCUCCAAGGCUUCUGUCUCCUUUCUCCAUGAGUCUGGGCAGCACCUGAGUCGUUGGUUGUUCAAUGGUGGUGGGGAAGCGGUGCGCAGGCAUGGAAGGUGGAGAAGGAGGGCCGAGAGCACCUUCCCAUCGGAGCAGCCCUAAUCCCAUUCCUACUUGUGUGCAAGCAGGAGGGGGGGAUCCCUCACCUGGGAAGGGAGGCUUCCCAUUGCCUAACUGAGAUCCCUGACCCUUCCUGCUUGCACGCAAGUAGGAGUUGGGAGGCUGCUCCGAUAGGCAGCAUGAAGCCUCCCUUCACAGCUUAGCUGCUGAGGUCAGAGAAGAUGGAGGCAGCCCGGAAGCUGCAUCUUUGAGCCCCGCACCACCAUCAUAUGGGAACUUCCGAGUAGCUCCUGAAGCCAGCCAGAGCCAACUGCUCUGGGCUGCUGAGACUGCCGCUGCUGCGUUUCCCGGGGACAUUAGAUGAAAUCCAGGGACAUUCUGGGGAUGGAAUUUGUCCAGGGACUUAUUCACAAAUCCGGGGACUGUCCGCGGGAAACAGGGACAUCUGGUAAUCCUAGCCUAUUGGCUCUGGCCAGAUCCUCUGAAAAGGAGUAAUCUGGAGUUGUUUGGAGCCCCACCUUUGCCUUUUAACAUUACAUUUCAAUGCACCUACCCAGCUCCAUGGACUCUCUGAUUUUUAAAAAAGCAAAGUUUAUCUACCGCUUGCUUGUGGUGUGUAUGUAUCAAAAUACAUUCUGAGGAUAUGCACUGUCCCGACUCUUUAUACAGUGGUACCUCGGGAUAUGAACGGGAUCCGUUCUGGAGCCCCGUUCCCAUCCUGAAGUAAACGCAACCCAUGUCUGCACGUGCGUGGGUCGCGAUUCGCCACCUCCACGCAUGCGUGUGGCGUCAUUUUGAGCGUCUGCGCAUGCGCGUUCCGUUACUUCUGGGUCGCUGCGGAGCGCAACCCAAAAGCGCUCAACCUGAAGCAACUUCAACCCGAGGUAUGACUGUAUUUUUAAAAACAACAACUUUACUUACAUAAACAUAUAACUUGGAAGAACAUAUUUGCAAUCUCAUGGUCGGGUUUCUCCCUAUUAAUGUUCAGGGAUCUCCUCUGUUUCACUUCAGACAGAUCACGCAAACCCAUGCUGUCUUCAGCGGUUUCCUGAGAAGUCUCUCUCGGCAGCCAUUAUCCUUACACACACAGACACACAGAGAGAGAAAGAGAGAGAGAGAAGCAGAAAAUGCAGUUAGACCAAGCCAUCUCAUGCUGCGCUGUGUCUUUUGAAUUGCAGGAAAAUUGUUUGCCCUUGGUCCCAGGAACGGCUCCCAGAGUCUGGACUUAGCAAUGGCUCACGAAUCAUGCGCUGCAGUAGGAGCUCGAUUAGCCAGCAGAGAAGAACUAAGGAGAGCCAUAAGAGAUUGCUCUUUUGCUGUGUGUACCAGGGGCUGGCUGGCGGAUGGCACAGUUGGGUAAGGAGCAUUAAAAUAAAUAAAUAAAUAAAUAAAUAAAUAAUAAUAAUUUUAUUUAUACCCCGCCCUUCCCGGUUCAGAAAACCGGGCUCAGUGCGGCUAACAACAAAUUUAAAACACUUAAUUGAUGCAACAAAAAACAGCAUAAAAUACAGUAUAAAACGCAAAUAACAAUAAAUUCUGAAUUCAAAAAUCAAUUUGGGGGGGAAUCCAUCCAAUAAACAUUAGAUGAUCACCAGGGCUAGAUGGCUAAGUUAGUCCUAUCUGGUCCAGUGAGGAGACCAGGGGAGAAUUAGCUGUGGGAUCCCAGAGCCGGUAAUCUUCAUAAAAAGGGGAGGGGGAGGGAAGGAAGGGGAAUAAAAGACCAGGCUAAGUUCAAAUUGAAAGCCAGGUGGAAUAGCUCUGUCUUACAGGCCCUGCGGAAGGAAGUUAAAUCCUGCAGGGUCCUGGUCUCAUGGGACAGAGCAUUCCACCGGGUCGGAGCCAUCACUGAGAAGGCCCUGGCCCUGGUGGAGGAUAAUCUGACUUCCUUAGGGUCCGGGACCUCUAAACUAUUAUUAGUCAUGGACCUUAAGGUCCUCUGCGGGGCAUACCAGGAGAGGUGGUGAAACGGUGAAAUGUCCUCUAACCAACACACAUGACUUAUCUCCAAAUAAAAUGGUUGAGCUACUUUGUCAGGGGCAGACUUUGGCCUUUCAAAUUUCAGCGGUGCCCUGUGUGAGGCCAGAAUUUGACAUGCCCCCCACCCCCGGCCCCCUCUCACCUUUCGUUCAGCUCAAUUCACCACCUCAUAGUUGUAGGCUUGGCACCCAGCGCGGUCACACAGCCCUAAAUCCGCCUUUGACUUUGUAAUAGUAGAACUAAGAAACACUGAUUUUCAAGAGAGCAUUUUGCCACUCUAGGUACCUGCUGCUGCCCUCCUCCACCCCAGAUUUGUCUGAAUGUUCAACCUUGCAAAUUAUGUUUAAUAUGGCCUAUAAGCCCUAUUUGCUUCUAUUAGCCAGGUGUUUUAUGAAUUUGACUGUCAGAUGUUAAAAACGAAAGGGGUUUGAAGUGCAACUGUACUUCAAAAGAAGGUACGUUGCUUCAAAUGGGGGGGAAAUAUUUCCAACAGUACCCUGAGAGUUUUCGCUUGCUUGACAUAUCUCCCCUACCGCACUGAAAAAGCAAAACACUUUAGGCUACCACACUCUUCGCUGAAUGAUAUAUUUCCACUUACGCAUUCCAACAGAGUCCUUACAGAUGCAUUUAUUUUUUGCUCUUGUGUCCAAAGUGUCACCUCUCUGGCAAAAUUCGACCGUGCUCGAAAUUUAAUAACCAGGGCAAAGAUGGAGCUAAGCAGUAUGACGCAGAAUAACACUCCCAAUAAAGGAACUGGAAAAAAUGAUAAUUUCAUUAUCUACCAUAUUAAAAUGUGUUUCAAUAUCGCCAUGCUUUGAUGAACCUGGAGUCUUAGGGAAGUUUCGUAAAGGCUGACCAAAUCAUGGGAGAUCAGAAUUCAGCACACAAGAGAGAGAGAGAGAGAAUGACUUUUAAAUGGGUGUUUCCCUGGAUGUCCGGAUACAAAAGUGUAAGAGGGCAUAAACACCUUUAAUAGUUGCCAUUGUUAAAGGUGUGGGAGUCCUUUCCAUUUUUGCAUCUGGUCAUCCUAAUAAUGUCUCCUGCUCAGAUGUAGAGAGAAAGACAGCCUGAAGCAUGAUGGUAUGUGUUUCUUACAAUUCAGAAGGAGCACAGAAAACCCCACAGAAUGUGGCGUUACGCACAAAGGCCACCUGCUUGCAAAUCUCAGCUUUUAUUUGUUUUUAAAAACCCAAAGAACACUUAGCUUCUAGCUCAGUGUUGUGACCUGCCCUGAGAUCUACGGGUAUAGGGCGGUAUGCAAAUGUAAUAAAUAAUAAUAAAAUAAUAAUAGCUCCAAUCUAACACUUGAAAAUAUGUAAACACUGGGAACUGAAGAAUCAGAAGCCGGAGGGAUCACUGAAUAAUGCUUCCAUCGGCUGCAUCUGAGGGCUUUAGUGCCCCAGCAGAGCUCCUAGGCCUUCCUCAUGGCUAGAACAAAUUGUGCAUUAUUAUUAUUUUUAAAAAAUCAUGCAUAUUGGUUUAUUUGCAUCAUUUAUACAGAUCUUAGAACUUUUAGUACAGAAUUUAGGUUACCUUGCUGCAGAAUAUAUUUCUUUUUUUAAAAAAGGUGUAGAGUACGUUGCUUAAGCCUGAGGAUUUUUCAAUCAGACAGGUGCUAACAUACUCAAUAAUUCUUUCUAGAUGCUAUCAAGUGAGAGAAUUCAGAGAGCCCCACUGCUGCUUUGCCUACGAACAAUUUUGAACAAUUCAACUUAAGAAAAGUUUUAUUAGAGACUUGCAUGUUACAUCAGCGGCACUUUUCACAUGAGCCAGCCACGCCUUGGCUAUUGGUAGCUCAGUAUGAUAUGUGAUGGCCGUCAGACCAGAGUCAUCCCAGUUUAAAUUCAUAGCAAUCGUCUGCCCACCUGUCAGGUGUGGUCUAUGGAGAACUGGACACAAUUCAGAGCCUUACUAGCCCAGCUGCUGAACAUCUUUUUGUCUCCUUCCUCUGUUUUAGGACAACUGUGUGCAACAGGACAGGCAGCAAGCCACAGAGCGUGAAGAUUAUUGAUGUCCAGAUUGAAAUGGAUCCCUCUCCGAGUGGCAGAUACGAUGCUCUUUGUGUGAAAGUUGAAGGUCAGCAUUGGUGGACCACAGAAAUAAUCACUACGGCAAGCCAAAUCAAAUAUUUUUUCUUGUUCUUUCUGAAAUGUCCAUUAACAAUUAGGAAGGAAUAAUUUGCCACAGGCAUGAAAUAGCAUGGAAACAAAUUGCCUCUUCUCAGCUGAGUGCAGGCUCUUGCUAGAAUAUUUGUUGUGUUCAUAAAAAAAGAAAAGGAAAUAUAAUCUAGAAGCAGAGAGGAGUCUCCAGCCCUACAACCUAGCAGUCACUCACAGGCCAGCCUGUGUUCCAGAUCACAUUGUGGCACUAAGCAGAGAACAAGUGUGUUGUAGCAAAGGAUUUAUAGAACAAAACCCCCUGAUUUUGUAUCUGCAUCUACUAAAAAACAAAACAAAACAAUGCUCCAGAAUAACAUGAAUUGCACAUCAUGCAAAUCUAUUCAUUUUGCAUAAUUGAUUAAGCAAAGAAAUACACAGGGUAUUGAAUCUGAACCCCAGACGCUUGCAAAUCCAACUCAGAUGCCCCUUUCCCAACUUUUGAACUUCCAUCAGGGAUUGCCUGCAUAUCUUUAAGCAGCAAGAAACAGAAACUUUUAACAUGAAAGGUGAUAUUUUGUCUGACCUGAAUCCUGUGUUCAUUACAGCCAUUUCUGUGGCUUGCAAAUGCUCCCUUGUCUGGUUGCCUGGAGGCAAUUUCACAGGUAAAUUGCAUGAUUGGUUGAAGACAAUCUACAGAUUUUGCUAAACUCUUACUUUCAUUGGAGCUUUUGGAAGAUGAAAGGCCUAAUUUCUGAAAACAUCACCAAUCAGUAACAUAUGUUUGGGUGUCUAGACAGGCAUAGUGUAAGUGUUCUCUCAGCCUCACUUUGCAUAAAUACAGGGUACGCCUAUGUGCUUAUUUAAGUUUUAUGUUUCCGGGAUAUGGAACUCCCUGCCACAAUAUCUCUGAGUUUCUUGAUUCAUUUUAUUCUGUUCAACAAGUUUAUAAACCACUUCACACCAUAAAGCCAUAGAAAUGGUGUACAGGGUAAAAACAGAAUAAAGCACAGAAACUCUAAAAGCAAUAAAAUCAAUCCAGCAAACUCUAAAAGCUCUGUGAGUUCAUCAACACAAACUUUUCCCCACUGCUACUAUUCCCUUACAAUACUUUUAAAGACUUCCUGUCACUGCUUGGUACAAUAGGCUUAGUAUUGAGAUGGACACCAGCACAGAAGAAAGGUUGAACUAAUAUUGAUUAUUAUAGGGAUAUUAUGUACAAAAGGAAAUACAGUGGUACCUCUUGUUGCGAACGGAAUCCGUUCCGGAGCCCCGUUCGCAAUCUGAGAGGAAUGCAUGUGCGGGUCGUUAUUUGCUGCUUCUGCACAUGCGCAUGGUGUCAUUUUGAGCGUCUGUGCAUGCGUGAGCGGCAAAACCCAGAAGUAACCCGUUCUGUUACUUCCGGGUCGCCGCGGGACGCAACCUGAAAAGAUUUAACCCAAAGCGUCUUUAACCCGAGAUAUGACUGUACUAAUAUUUACAUUUGGGUCUUAAAUGUGCUCGAUGACAGUUUAUGAAGUCCCAAGAGUAUCUGAUUAUCCCAAAACUCUCUCUCACAGGACAGCUAAGUCCCAACCUCUAACUUUCUAACGUCUAACUGUCUAACUGACAGUUAACUGCCCUUCUUCCCCGGCUAGAACCUCCAAGCCACCCGAGUCUGCUGUUUCGCAGAACAAACUAAAUCCAGACUCCAUCUAUAAAUCUUAAAAGUGGUUGUCUCUCCCCUUUCAGAACUUGUUGUAGGUCUGCUAGCACCGAAGGAGAAAGCCAGGAGUGGACAUUUAGACUGAAGAUACAUUGUCCCCUGCUCCUUAACUUUUCUGUAUAUCUUUUCCCCGCUGUAAUUGUUCUUAGAAAUAAACUUUGGAAAGACUUGUUGCACCGAUCGCCUGAACUUUCCUUAUUCCCUCCGUGUUUGAGUGAUUCAAUUGGCUGCAAGACAAACAAGUCUCUAUUCCACAAUUUGACUGCAACUUGUUACUAUUGCAGAAAAUGCAGUGGUUUAGCCCAGGAAUGGAAAUUCGGAUUUUGCCAGGUGAACGUCUGGCACAAAUUCCUCAUCAGAAAAUGACGGAUUAUGUAACCUGGCCUUCUCUUAGCAACAAAAGAGGCGGGGGGAGAAUCACCAGGGGCUUUUAAAUACAAACAUGAACCACAUGAAUUUAGGCUAAAAUAGCAAACAAGAACCGAGUUUGUUCUGUACAAUGCUAGACUGUUCGUAAGGCUUUCCCAUGACAGCUUUCGUUUCUGCAAUUUUUAUUUUCUCCCGCCGAUUUUGAGCAUUGAGUUUAGCGGACAGUGAAUUUCCAAUUAUCUAGUAACAUCAAGUAAAGUCAUAAAUUAAGUUAUUCAAACUAGCCCUAGAUUGAUUUUGUCAUCAGUGGUAUACGAGAUGGGCUUUAUUUGGCUGGACUUGCACUCUGGAGUUUAUCUCCCAAGAUGUCAUCACCUACAAAAAUCUGUGAAACCCCACUUCUCCCAUGUUUCAUUUCCUAUUUAAAAAAAUAAGAUGAAAAUGUGCCGUAGAGUAUACAAAUGGGACCUGAAACGAAAAGAUUGCAGCACCGAGUCCGCUGAGUUAGGCAUUUUAGUCACCCCCCCUUUUUUACAUUCCUCAAGCCCUUCAGCUAAUCAGAUACUUAAAUGUGUUUGCUUCCUGCUUGUUUAUCUCCUUAGGCAAACCAUGUGGGGACCCCCCUUCCUUUCCUCACACAGUUCUCCACGGCCACACCGGCUUUGAAAUGGGUGACGAACUGCACUAUGUCUGUGCUCAGGGAUAUGUCAUGAGUAACAAAGAUGCUGCUUUCACUCUGCUCUGUCACACCUGUGGGGAAUGGUUUGGUCAAGUCCAAGCUUGUGUCAAAGGUGAGUUCUAUCGAUUCAGGAUGAUCAUAUCUUCAUUUUUUUGGAUUGUCCUUCAAUGUCCUAAUGCGAACUUGCAGUGGAUCUUCACAUACGGUGUUAUCAAUCGGGAUCUGAUGACAAUGUACAUUGUGCUUAUACAAAUUAUUAUUAUUAUUAUUAUUACUAUUAUUAUUCCCUCGCCCAUCUGGCUGGAUUUCCCCAGCAACUCUGGGCAGCUUAAAAGACAUAAUAAAAACAUCAAGCAUUAAAAACCUCCCAAUACUGGGCUGCCUUCGAUGUCUUCUAAAAGUUGUGCAAUUCUUUAUCUCCUUGACAUCUGAAGGGAGGGCAUUCCACAGGGAGGGCGAUCACUGUUGAAGAAAUAAAGACAUGAAAUAAAACUAAAACAGAUAAACCGCAGGUAUGUGAACACAGUUGUACCUUGGUUUUUGAACCUAAUCCGUUCCGGAAGACCAUUCAAGUUCUGAAACAUUCGAAAACCGAAAACUCAAUAACCAACAGCUAGGCCUGAGGAUCUUGCACUCAGUGGAAGCUGCGUGGCAUGUUUGACUUUUGAGGCAUGUUCAAAACCCAAAGCAUUUACUUCUGGGUUUACGGCAUUCGAAAAUUGAAAUGUUCAUCAGUGGAGACGUUCGAAAACCGAGGUACCACUGUAUAUGGAAGGUAGAGACUAAAAUUGUAUAUACCAUAGACAUAAUGUCUCCUGAUGUUGUUAAACUACAAAUGCCCAUUGUCCCUGACCACUGGUCACCCUGGCUGGGGCUGAUGGGAUUCUAAGUCCAACAACAUCUAGAGGGAUAUAUGUUUCUACAUCCCUGCUAUACAUGCUGGGAGUCCUGUCCUCUGUGCUCUCUAAGGGCUGGGCAAAUGAGCCAGAAACCUGAUGUUCAAGGCUGCAACCCAUGUAAGAAACCAUACGCUGGGGGAAGAAGACAGCCUAUUCUAGACACCGCAGAGGGCUUCCCCUGUGUUGUGGUGGUCAACUAGUCUCAGUACUUAUUUACACCAUGGCUCAAGCUUUCUCUUUUAACGAGUGAUCUUUAGGACAGCAUAAUCACAUAGCAUCCAAGUAACUGAAAAGGGGCAACGUGAAGAGGACUCUAGUAUGUUGUCUCGCGCAGAAAGGUGAGUCCCUGUUAGCAUUUGUGAGAAACAAUGACACUUGCAAGUGAAAUAACAGAUCUUGACAUGAGAUAUGGAUUGUGCCAGCUCUUCACCAUGCACUGAAAAGCAUUAUCAUGCAAAACACAACUGAGCUGGCCCAUCCUUAAGCAGCUGAAAGCCCUAGCGUGGAGAAGGUAUCCUGUCUCUUGAGAUGCGGUAUUCUGAUGUUUCCAGGGAUCAGUGAUGUCCCGGGUGCUUAGCUCACUGACACACUGCUGUGUAGUAAAGCCUCUCUAACUGGUUGGGCAGUAUGUUAUUUCCAGAACGCAGUCCCUAGGCUCAAGCCAAAUGCCUCAUGCGUCACAAGUUGUGAAGCAUGAAUACAGGUUCUUGGAGCACUUUCCUUGACAAACGACAGUUAGAGGGUAUCCAGAACAUUUCUAUAUUAGGUAGCGGAGGAACACGGCUCUGGGAAGGAGGAAAUUAAAAAGGGAGCAGAAAAAGUUCAGAGAAGAGAUUGUAUAAUUGAUCCUGAAUAUAAAAUAUAUAGUGCACAAGGGAAAAAAUUGAGGACAAGGCAUGAAUGAAUAAGGGGCAAGAUAUUGUUUUGGAUCUGCCAUGUUGUCCUCAUAUAGGUGUCAGGAUGCAGGGCCAACUUACCUAUAGGCGCUAGGGAUGCGGGGCACCCAGGCGCCAGGCACCAGGCCAAGGGCUCUGUGCCGUGAGUUUGGGGGUGACUGAGCCAGCGAGACGCUGAGGUAGCUGGCUGGCUCCGCCCUCCUGCACGCCUGUGGACUGGGCAACCUGGGGGGGGGGGCGGAGCUGGGUGGAUCUUUGCACCCCGGUGCCGCAUGUGCUUAAGACAGCCCUGUCAGGAUGUGUGACCAAAACUCAUUGGUUAGUUGCUGUGUGGAAAGCAAAAACCAGUUUAGUCUUACUUUUUGUGUGUGGAUAAGGCAGUGGAAUUGACCGGCGGCUGACACUUCCAUUUGAAAUAGAGAUGCAUAUAUUACAUGUCAAUGUGCAAACCUAAGUGAGUGUGGAUCAAUUGGAAUUUCCACUCAAACUGGGCAGGAUACUAAUUUUUUAUAAAAAUGCCUGGUGCUUCCAUCUUUGCGUUAGAGUACUUAAUUUCAGAAUCACUCUGUAGUUUGUUCUGUCAAUUUUCCUGUUCUAAUUUUUACAUGAGCUGGAGUUAUUCUAGUUCUGCGCUCAAAGUGUUUGCCUUACUUAUUCAACCAGGAUUCCAGUUUAUCUUGUUGUAAUCAGUGGUGCAUUUCUAAAGCAAGGUAGGCCCACAGACUGAGAGAAAGAAAGACAGAAACUAUUUAUUAGACAGCGUAUUUAGUGGUCAGAGCCAUCUGCUACAAGCAAUUCUGAGCUAUUAACAAUUCUGAGACCACAGUCAAAUGCCCCGUCUGGGCAAGGUUCUUGAGAGGAUGAUUGCCUUGGAGGACAAAAAAAUUCUAGAUCAAUUUCCAUCAAUAUUCAGGCCUGGUUUUAGUAUGGAAACUGCCUUGGUCACCUUGUAUAAUGACCUGUGUGAAUUUGUUGAUCUCUCAGUGGCUUUUGCUACCAUCAGCCAUGAUAUCCUUCUGGGGCAACUGUCUGAGCUGGAUAUCAGGGUCAACACAUUGCAGUUGUUCUGCUCCUAAUUGGAUGGCCAGUUCUAGAAGGUGAUUCUUGGGGAGUAUUGUUUGGCUCUAUGGGUUCUCCAGGAUGGGAUCCCCUAGGGAUUGAUUCUGUCCCUCAUGCUGUUUAACGCUUGCAUAAGACCACUGAAUGGGGUCAUGUGGAGUUCUCAAACGUGUUAUCACCAGUAUGCUGAUGACACACCACUCUUUCUCCUUUUCAUUUCCUGUAGGUGAGAAAGUGGAUGUGCUGAAUCUGUUCUUAGUUUCAGUAAUGGACUGGAUGAAGGCCAACAAAUGAAACUUAAUGCAUACAAGACUGAGUUAGUGGGUGGUUCUUCUGUCCACCUGAGUGAUGUGCAGGCUCCCUCUAAAGGAUCGAGUUUGUAGUUUGGGGGUUCUCCUGGAACCACUGCUGUCACCUGAGACACAGUCAGUCUCAGCAGUGCAGAGUGCCUUCUUCCAGUCUUGAGAUAUGCCCUGGUAACCUCAAGAUUGGACUAUUUCAAUGUGCUUUUGAAAACACUGCCUGUCUCUAUGUUUUUGAGCCCAUUUAACUUUUAAAGCUCGUUAUGGCUCGGGACCCCAAUAGUUUCCUUUCCUGAUAUGAACCUACCUGGACCCUUAGAUCUUCACAUGAGGCCCUUCUCUGGGUCCCUCCUCUGAGGGAGGCUUAGAGGGUGAUGGUGAGGGAGCCUUCUCAGUUGUAGCUGUCUUGUGGAACGCUCUCCUCAAUGAGACCCGUCUGGCGCCUUCACUGAUGUCUUUCUGGUGCAAGGUAAAAACUUACCUUACCCUUGAUGGACUGAGUUGAUUAUGUUUUGUUGUUAGUGUACUGACAAAGCUUCUUGUUGGGGUGGGAGUAUUGCUCUGAAUUAUAAAAAUAUUCAGGUAUCUGAAGAAUUGUGCAUCACACGAAAGCUCAUACCAAUAACAAACUUGGUUGGUCUCUAAGGUGCUACUGAGGUGGCACUGUGGGUAAAACCUCAGUGCCUAGGACUUGCUGAUCGUAAGGUUGGCGGUUCGAAUCCCCGUGGCGGGGUGAGCUCCUGUCGUUCGGUCCCAGCUCCUGCCCACCUAGCAGUUCGAAAGCACCCUUAAGUGCAAGUAGAUAAAUAGGUACCGCUUUAUAGCGGGAAGGUAAACGGCGUUUCUGUGUGCUGCGCUGGUGCCGGCUCGCCAGAGCAGCUUCGUCACGCUGGCCACGUGACCUGGAAGUGUCUUCGGACAGCGCUGGCUCCCGGCCUCUUAAGCGAGAUGAGCGCGCAACCCUAGAGUCGGACAGGACUGGCCCGUACGGGCAGGGGUACCUUUACCUUUAAGGUGCUACUGGAAGGAAUUUUUUUAUUUUGUUAAAAAUAUUCAUGUUUUAUAUGGCUAUUAUUUUUCCUUUAUGGUAAUUUUUUUUAAUGCAAAUUGCACCGAUAUCUUCUGAGGUAACCAAUGGCUAAAUCAUCAUCAGAAUCAACACCAACUGUUGCUGCCACCCCCAACAUUUCCAGUAUUAAGUAAAGUAUUUGUUACAUUCAGAGUAAAGAAAGGAUGAGUCCCUGGCAGCUACUUGAGUUACAGCCUAGAGUGAAAUCUGGCUGGCAUAGUUUCACAUUGCUUUUAUAUAAUACCUCAGUGAGAUUUUAAUAGGGGGGAACAUGUGGAGGUUAUUCAGAACUGUCUCUGAACUCUGACAUUCUCCCUAGCACCUCAAAGCAGGCAAUACUUGUUAAGAAGGGCUGAGUUAGUCAUUCCACUUAGCGGUCUAAUAGCCCUUUAAAUUAGAUUUAUGUAAUUAUGAAAGCAAUUUUUAGUCCUGUUUCCUGUCUUUUGCUCUGGAAGUCUGUGGCUUCAAAAAUAGUAGGCCAAAUCAGUGUAGGUUUUGGCCUCAGCAGAACCAAGUCAACAUAUGCCAGCUAAGAAAUGACCUUAUAAAGCCACAUCCUGAUACCAGCAUUUAUUUCUAAGAAACAUAAAAAUAACUUAAUCCAAAUGGUACAGUGACUAGACUUGCAGACACAAUAACUUUCAUAAGAGUUCCUUUGCUUUGCCCUCUAUUUCUGUUACGGUGCACAAUGCUGUUCAAUCGCUAAAGUCUAGGAUUGAAAGAGUAUAUUUUAGAAUUUCCUUGUCAACAUCACUGUAUUUUUUCUAAAGUAUCAGACCUCUAAAAAGUUAUUUCUGGCAGAACUUUCUGUCUUCUUCAGGGGGAAAAAAUUAUGGUAGCCAUGAUACAACCAAGACAAGGAAAACAGAACAAGCCUUACAGUUUGGAAAGGAAUGAAAGUGUGCAUUUGUUAGAAUGGUUGCUUCAGGAUAUAAGACGCUUGGAGAGCUUAUUGGACUAGAAUAUAUCAGGUUAACAGGAAAAAAAGAGAGAGGGACCACAAUAAAAAUCCUAUUUUUGGUUAUUCCAGGGUUAAACCACAACUGCAAAGCUCAUUAUUAAUUCUGUUCUGUAUGAAUUCUACUCCCCAGAUAUGAAAUUCAGCAACCAAACUAUGGGUUGUAUCCAAUUAAGUUAUAUUCAAAGUAGACCCGUUGAAAUUAAUGGACUAAAUUAGUCAUGUCUGUUGUUUUCUGUGGGUCUACUAGGACUAACAUUAAAUCUUCUGAAUUUAUGUUUUAUUCACAUCUAUAUACUUUUAUAUUGCAAUUCUGGUUUUAGGUUGUGUUUUUGUUUUAAGGUUUCCAUUGUAUGAUGUUUGUUUUUUGUACUAUACCAUGUCAAAAGCACUGUACAAUUGUGGGUUUUGUUUUUCAAACGUCCGGCAAAUAAGAACUCGUCCUGGAAAGAUUGGGGAAAUGGUGUUGUGGGAUGAAAAUAAAGGACAGCUCAGGGUCCGGUUACAAGGACACAGAAACAAUUUACUUAUUACUUCAGAUAUUUUGAUCAUGAAGCAGUUUCUAUCACCCAGGCUAGGUUUCUUUCGGCCACUGGCUCUUCCUUUCACAGCAGUCAAAUUCUGUGAUCAUUUCUGUGAUCUACAAAAUGUUAGUACCUCUAUGAAAGAUCAUGGCAGACCAGAGAUAUAAUCUGAACAAGGGACCUCCUCCAGCUGACCUGUUUAUUGAGCAUUCAUCCAGAUAUAUGCAAAACUUACUGUCUUGUGAACUGCAAUGAAAUGGGAGAGUUAUUGCUGGUGGUGCUUUUUUCUGGGGGUACGCAAGGGUACACAUACCCCUAAACAUUUUGUGAAUCUAACGGGAGAAGAAACUUAAAAAUUUUAGUUUCUUCUCUAGCACGGUGAAUCGUCAGUUCCGUUGCUACCACCGAUGGUGGUCUCAUUUCCUUUCCCAGUCUUUCCCGAGUCUCAGACGGAAGCAAGCGUUUAAUGUGUGAAGCAGUGUGGAAUGUGGAUGUGUGGUGUUUUAAUGAUGACAGCUUGGCCUCAUUGAGGGGCAGUAUUUCAAUAUGAGUAGGAAAAUUAUUAACUAUUUUUCAUCAUCAUGAGGUAAUGCAUGUUCUUUGUACUUUCAUCCAUUUACUGUAUUUAUUUUCCCUGAUUUGAACCAUAAAAUGGUGAUUACCUUGAGUCAAAAUGAGAGUACCCCUAAACAUUUUUUUUUAAGAAAAAAAGCACUGGUUAUUGCCAAUUCAGACUGGAGGUCUCAUCUAGAUGACUCUGGGAUGCACAUCACUUUAUCCACAACAGUUUACAAGCAAAGCGCAUCACACUCAGUAUUUCACUGAUAUUUACUACUAAAUGCAAAAAUGUCUGGAGUAAAUGAAGUGCAACCAUCCUAGUACAAAUCCUACCCACAUUUUUUCCUUGCAAGACAAGGCAGGAGCCAGAAAAACCCCAUACUGCCAGAAUGGUAUAUCCCUAGCAUAAAAAGGUAAAGGUAAAGGACCCCUGACAGUUAAGUCCAGUCGUGAAUGACUCUGGGGUUGCGGCACUCAUCUCGCUUUACUAGCCAAGGGAGCCAACGUUUGUCCGCAGACAGUUUUUCCGGGUCGUGUGGCCAGCAUGACUAAGCUGCUUCUGGCGAAACCAGAGCAGCGCACGGAAACACUGUUUACCUUCCCGCAGGUAAGUACUUGCACUUUUAUUUAUCUACUUGCACUUUGACAUGCUUUCGAACUGCUAGGUUGGCAGGAGCUGGGACAGAGCAACAGGAGCUCACCCCAUCGCGGGGAUUUGAACUGCCAACCUUCUGAUCGGCAAGCCCUAGGCUCAGUGGUUUAGACCACAGUGCCACCCACAUCCCUCACAUCCUUAGCAUAAAAGGAUACUAAUUCCCCUUCCUCUCCUGUCAUCCCUCUGGGAUGGUGAAGAGGAGAACCCUCUGGGCAGGAGCACAUAAAUGCCAGCUGGAAAACUGUAAGCAAAGAUGUUUAAUACUCUCUGCACAUGUCUUCUGUUUGACCUUUUUCGACAAAUCCGGAUCAAUAGAUGAAAAAAGAACAAGCGAGAUGAGAAAGAAUAAGUUAGAAGUUAUAUGGUAAUUGUUAAGACGAGUUGUAAUAUUAAUUAGGAGGGAAACAGAUUGGAUAAGAAAACACUUGUGGGGAAAAGAAGGGAUUAAAAGCAUACCAUGUCUGCUGCCUAAAUAAGUUACAUAACUCCUACAGGCUUUUGGUUUGGUGCUUGUUCAUUUUAGUUCAGAGACCUGAUUGUACAGUUGGAUUCUGGGGAUAAUUUGGCAGUUGGAAUAAAGUUUAGAAAGUAGGAUUUGGAGACAAAGGACAACCUGGAAAUAGCAGCAGGGAAUGGACACUUUCCGCUAUCCUCCUCCCAGAGCAUUCAUCUGCCCCCACAGCUUUUCCAUCAUCAGGAAAAGCCAGGAGAUGCAAUCAGUCCAAUUGUACAUGUGAGGAGAUGUCCCAUCGUCCCCGGGCCUAAGCCAACUAGCACUACCCGGCCCUGGGUGUUUCAUGAAUGCCAGAAACUGCAUUACCAGAAGCUAUUUUUGCUUGUCUAAAAGUGACUAUUCAACCAUCCUACCAUACUCACUAAUGCAGACCCAGAAUCAUAGAAUUGUGGAGUUGAAAGGGACCCCAAGGGUCUUUGAGUCCAAUCCCCUGCGAUGCAGGAAUCUCAACAAGAUCAUACACAGACAGAUAGCCAUCCAACCUCAGCUUAAAAACCUCUGAGGAAGGACAGUCCACCACCUUCUGAGGGAGUCCGUUGAACAGCUCUGACUGUCAGAAAGUUCUUCCUGAUGUUUAGUCUCCUUUCUAGUAACUUGGAUCCGCUGGUUUGGGUCCUAGUCUCUGAAGCAGAAGCACCUCAGUUGUGAUUCAGUCCUACUUCUGGUUUCACCUCCUGUGCCAUAUAAGCUAUUGCCUGUCUAUUCAGGACCACAUUUCAUAACACUGGGUUGCUAGGUAGCACACAUGCUGGGGGAGGGGCUGGGGCAUUGUUCCCUAUGGAACCUUCCAAGAGCAGCAGUUGAAACAGACACAUCAGUAGGCAUAUGUGAGACCUGGAGAAAGGACACUUCACAUCAUUUUCUACCCACAGCCUUCAUAAGCCUUUAAAAAUAAUUUCAUUCUGUUAUGAUGUGAGCUGGUGAAAGAGCUUUGUGAUAAUCUGGUGCCAGAAACCCCGCCCCCUUAAAUUGUUAUUUUGCCUUUUCAGAUGAAACUGAGGGACAUAUCGAUUAUGAAGACAAUUUCCCCGAUGACCGAUCUAUUUCUACCGAAGAACAUGAACACAAUGCCCAAGAGGCAGAGGAGAAGGAAAAUGAGCAAGAGAAAGCCACGCAUGAUGAGAAGAAGACCCAGUUUGCUGACGACAACCACAUUGGUGUGAAAACUGCAUAUAACAAGAAAGGCACCAAAAUGAUAUACGAAGGUGAGGACUUCCCCAUUGGACCUGCCAUUGUGAACAAUGAUACAAAAGCAACAAAAAGUACAGACUCUCAUACAGAUGAGUCCUGGCUAGAUGGUUACCCAGUUACUCAAGAAGCUGUAGAAGAAGUCGACGAGGAGGAAGGGGAUAAAAUUGAUGGAUCUAUGGGAAUGGAAUAUGACAUUAGCACUGACCAACUGAACCAUGCUGAUGUCAGGAAGACAGGCAGCAGCCCAGAAAAGGAUUAUGUGCAGGCUGGGACAGUCCAGUCACUGACGCACACUGAUGGGAGCAAAAGAAUACUAGGGACUCUAACACCAACCAUUGUUCCAGAGAACGUCAGUGUAAGCAAAGAUGACAACACCAGAUAUGUCUCAACGACACCUAUGGGACUCAUCACACAAGAGUUGUCAUCCGUAACCACAGCCACGAGCUUGAAUUUGGCCACACUGGAGACUUCUACAGUUUUCCAUCUCAUUGACCCCAUUCCCUUGCCAGAGGAAGUAGAUCUGAUGACUUCCUCCAUGCAAGUAGUUACUACUAUACCUUCUCAAAAUAGCUUUACUGAUACACCAGAUGUUGUUGAGGGAGAAGCUUUGACCUAUGGACUUAGUGGGAAGCCUUUGAGCACUUUUGAACCAUGUGUGGGAGCAAGUUGUUCCAGUUCUGAUAAAGAUCCCAUGAUAGCCAUUGGGGUGACUGUUGUAUGCCUAAUUGUGCUUGCGUUGAUCUUGGCAGUGUGGUGCUUCAAGAAACGGCAACAGAAGACCUCUGUUUAUAAGUUGAAUGGGAAAGAUCAUGCUAGGCACCAGCUGCAACAAAUUGAAAUGCAGAAAGUCUAACCUAGCUAUAUACAUUAUUAUUGGAAAGAAAUGCAUGGAGGAGAGACAUGGAAACUGACCGAACAAAUGGAUACUAAUGUCCACUAGUUCAGAAAGAAGACCUGUGUAUGGAACACCAGGACCUGCACUAACUGAAAUCACAACUUACUGUGGUAUCAGGAUUAAUUUGGAUAUCUAUAGUUUUUAACCACCUUGAGGAUUGCCAGGGCUGAUUCACAGAAACAUAUUUUAUCUCUUGAUGACUGUACAUAUAAGGCAGUGACUUGGUUUUCUGAAAUCGGUAGUCUGUGACAGACAUGCUGGACAGAGUUUUCUUAUGAGUGUGUAGUGCCUAUCCUAGAUGCAAGCUAGUCAAAUGGCAAGACCAUCAUCUGACAACUGACACAUCAAAUCCCUUAAGAUGGCAGGAUGGACUUACAGUACCUGCUUCUUGCAUUAAAAAUGUCAAUGCAAUUAUUCUCUCUGCUGUGUUAAAAUGGGUCACACAGCCCAAUGACACAUUUGAAAGAAGCUCUAUAGAACAGGGAGAUAAUCUGUGUGCAAAGUGGAGGGGAUUUAUUUGAACUAUUUGCCAUUUUGAAGGUAAGGAUAAAUUAAAACAUAGACAGUUGUUACUUGUCACGUUCUAUGGAUUUACAGAUAGAAUUUUUCUAUCUGCAUUGUUUGACCACUGCUCCAGUUUAUUUCAGUGGAUUUGUACUAUAGCAGCUCUACCCUUCAAUGGAUUAACUGUGUGUAGGGGGCCAAUCACAAUGGACUGUUAGAUAGAAACAGGCCAUUAUUGAGCUGUUUGGAUUUUAUUAGUUGUUUUAAUAUCUAGAAAGAAGAGUCCCUUUUCUAUCUGUAGGAGAGUGUAGACAGAGAGAGGAUCAUGUCUGAAUGGACUUUAAUCAAUGCUAUACAACUAGACAUCAUUAAUGUUUAAAAAUAAACGAACAUUGUCAAUAUUCCACCCAGGCCUCUUGGACUCUAUAGAAGUGCUCUCUUAAGAAGUAGACAGAUCUCACACCAAUUUUCCUGCAAACUAUCAAAGACUAUUUAGGGUUUUCUUUUCCUCCUAAGGCAAUGCAAUCUUUGCAAUGAAACUGGGUGUCUAAUAAAUUAAUUAAUUAUGCAGCCAACAGCGCAUGGUCUUUGGGAGUGCACUUGCCAUCUUAUUUCAUAGAAAGUGAAAACUUCCAUUCUUUAGUUCAAUCUGGGUCGGUUUAGAGUGGGCGAAAUUCUGAUGUAGACAACAUACGUAUCUGUUGCUAAAGAUGCCGUACCAUGACAGACUAAAGAUGGGUUCAAAAGUCACACCAUAGCUAAGGCAGCAAUCCGAACUCCAUUUACCGUGAAGUAAGCCCUGCUGAAUUCAGUAGGACUUACAUCUGAGUAGAUAUGGUUAGGCUCAUGCUGUAAGUCAUUAUUUCCCCUAAUAUACUGAUGCAUAUUAUAAGGCACCAACAAAAUGCACAAGAAAAUGAAGCUGAAGCCCCUUCUGAAAGCAUAUAUAAGUGCCCAUUAUUAAUAUGCAGUUACCCGCAGCUGCAAAUGCAGCAACACAUACAUAGUUCUGUGCAUGUUGUGAGUGAAUGCACAAAAAGAAUAAAAAUAUCUUCGGUAUGGUGACUGAAUGGCCAAUUCUACCAUUUAAGCUAGCAGAAGACACUGGGGUGGGGCUGGGAGUUUCUAAUACUAAUUUGGGCAUGUUUUCAGCAUGCUAUUCAAAUAAAAAUUAUUAAUAUACUCUUAUGUUUCUUAAAUGUCUGUCAUUGUAAAUUAUUCUAUUGUCCUGCACUGGCUUCACAAAAACCCCCAUUUUGUUUGUAACUGAUCUAAACUGUUUUACUCCACCUUACAGUGAAGGAAUGCUACAAACCUGAGCCUAUUGCAAAUUUUUACUUAAUUAGAUAGAUGAAAUAUUGUGACUGACUGUGAGGAAUGUUCCAAAGUGAGGAAGUGUAGGGGAGAGCCUCUCAUUUUAGUUCUCGGCCUGUCAUUCAAUUUCAGUAUUGCUCCAAGUAUUUCUGAAACAAUGCCAUGCAAUUAACAUCAAUACUUCUAAAAUGUAUAUGCUUGCUACAAUCUUGGGAGAUUUCCAAGUUGCAGACUGCAGAAUGAAAAUAACACUGCAACCUUAAAUAGGUCAACUCGGAAGUAAGACCCACUGAGUUAAAGGAAAGUGCGUUUGUUAGAACCUAAGUCUCAUAUACUUGGAGAACUCCAUAUGACACAGAUGACAAUGGAAGACAUACACUUGGGGAAGAAGGCUUUUGAUUGUGGUCAACAUACGAAGCUGGUAUGAAAAUACUGCUUAAAUUGAUUUAAACUUGUUCUGUGAUUUAACAGGAAAUGCUCUGGGCUUUAAAUUAAGAUACCCAACUCUGCAUCAUGUUCUUAAAUGAAAUAAUGCUCACUAAAACUCUUUAAUAUUAUUCUCCCGCAAUGAGAAGGUCAAAAAUAAAUGGAAAUAUAUUUUGUGCAAAUUGUACAGUAUUCUUGGGCAAAAUUCUUUGUAUUACUCACAAAAAGGCCAAAGAGAUACAUUAACAGGAAGAUUAUGAAGAAAAUGUAAAUAAAUGAGCAAGAAAGGGAAAUGGUCAUGUUUAUAUGCAUAUGCUGAGUAUUUUCAACAAAACCAAAACAAAAUGUUUGUGGAAAUACCAAUCUUUCCUUCAAAUUGUUCAGAAAGAAAUGAAGGAGCAUUAUUUUGAUUAGAUGAUUAGCUGGUUCCAUUUAUAAUAUUUUUGCAUCUGUUUAUAUCUUGUACCCAGAAUGUUGUUUGUUUAUCUGUGUAAUUACUUAUUAGGAAGCUAUUAACAAAAGGAUAGCCAUGUAAAAAAUGACUUAAAAUAAUUUUAGUAAGAUGACUGCAUUCAGCCCAUCAGCUGCCUUGAAAUUUAACAGAUUUUACCAAGCUGAGGUGAGGGGUAAGAGAAGGAAUACAUAUCUCUGUGGUUAGGAAAAACCAGAAGGAAAGGAGGAGUUACUUACAGGAGUGGUUUUCAAAUUGUAUUCCAUGGAAUCUUUGAUUUCUUGGAAGCUUCAGCGAUUCAAUGGCAUAGUUCAUAUGUAAUGUUAAGCUACAAGUUGUGCCACAGGCAAUCAAACAAUCAAUGAUGGCUUGCUUUUCCCAACUUGUUUUGUUUUCCAGCUGCUCUUGCCUUGUACUUUUAUGGUCUAGCAGGUAUCUGAGGUGGGGUGGCCAAACAAACCAAGGUUAAGGAAAGGUGCUGGAUUUGUACCCUACACCAAACCAUAGUUACAAGAAACCAAGGUCCAUAAACCAACAACAAAUUAUGACUUUUGACUGUGGUUUGUUGGUCAUAAACAAACCACUGCUAAGAUACUGGGCAGGGUGAGGGUGGUUAAACAAACCAUGGUUUAAUAAACUACAGCUUAGCAUUAUGGGUUAACUAGGCCAAUUAUAGUGGAUAAAUUACCCUAAAAGAACAUGUUACAAUGUACCCUGGGCAUGGAAUGCUUAUCCAAAGUCUAAUUCACACAGGCAUGCAUGUAGCUUUGCAUUUGUACACUUACAACAUAAUAAGCAGCUGAAUGUAUGAACUGACUUCACUGAAAAGCCUAAGAAAAGUCAGAUCACAUCCAGCAACCCCCUAUACACCUCUACUUGGAAACUGUUCCCUGUGCAUUGUUUAGAAGUAUACUGAAGGUUUCCACAGAAUGCUCACAAAAAGGAGAUGUCGAGUUGAAAAUUGUGCUGUUUCUCAUGAGUUUUCAAAAACGCGUGUACUUGAUACUCUCACAAAUUCCACGCCGCAAGCACAACAGCAAUUUAAAAUGCUAUUUGCGGAAACUGUAAAAUAUUCCCAGAUACAAUAUAUUGCUCGUUUCCUGACAUCUGGAUCAUCACCCGCUUUUAUUACUGUUAACUGGUUGAUUUGUACCAAUCACUCUCAUUCUGCAUGGUCAGAAUGAUUGUCACUGCAUGUUCCAUAAUAUUAUUCUCACUUUUUAAGUUUUGACGACGACCAAAUUUUCCGGAGGAGCAAUCUUCCACCAUUUGUGGUUUUCUUGAGCACUUACUAAUAGUGGUAUAUGAUUAAAUUUAUUACAUUGUGGAAUGUCAUGAUCAGUAUGUGUGCUUCUUCCAUGGGAAGCCACAAAGAAAGAAACUGGCUAAGUUUAAAAGGCAAAUUAAAUACUGUGUUCAAACAUGCAUAUUUUUUAAAUAUAAACUGUAAUUUCAUUGCUCUGUAAAAAAGAAGUAUUGAAAAAUACUGUAUUAACCAUUUGAUGUGUUGGUGUACCUAAAAGCUGCAUCAAAGUGAAUGUGGGGAGUAUAGUUGUAGGGCAAGGGAAGUAAAUUAAGGCUUAAACAUAAUCAUAUACGCAUCCUAAUCUAACAAAUAGAUUUAUGCUUAAACGUCAGAAAAUACACAUUUGGUUUCUGUAUACUUGAACUGACUCCAGAACAGAGAAGAGAAAAGAAGUGAAAGGUAUUAAAACCUCUCUAGGUUGGGGUAAGGUAAUUAAAAUUUUAAAAAACCCACCUCCUUACUUAAAAGCUGCUUAUUUAUUUUAAUACUUUGACUGAAGGCACUGAAGACAGUUGAUACAGAAUGCCGGUUUGCUGGGAUGUGAGCUGUGAUUUACAAAACUCCUUAGAUGAUUUCUUGACUUGGCUUUUCUUUAGCAUGUAGCUUAAAAUUCCCCACACUAGGUCAUUCAGCCCUCAAGCCACCAGAAAAAUGAAGUUGCUGUUUAAAGGAUGGCAGGCAACCAAGAGUUCAGACAGUUGCUAUGAAGGAUUAGUUGUGGGUUUUUCUCGCUGCCCUGCUACAAACGGCAUCACAGCUCUAUAUUCAAACCUUAUUAAAUGAGAAUGUUUUCUCUGGCACAAUCUGCUUCUCCCUACAGUUUAUGCAUUGAGAUAUAUAUAGAGAGAGAGAGAGAAAGAGAGAGAGAGAGAGCAGCUUUCCUUGUAGCAUACAUUGAAACUUAAAAUACAUUUCCAUCAUACAUUGCACUUCAGCUGUUUCGUCUCUUAUUUUUAUUCCUUUAAGUUGUAACUUACAUAAAAUGGUGGGGAUGAAUCCCUGCAGCAUGAGGGGUGUGCUGAAUUUUUCAACUUCCAAAAAUGAGGGGUGCUAAAAAGUUGUAAUGUGACUUGGGAAAUUAGAAUAUAUUUCGGUUAAAUUAAUAUAAUUUAGUCUGCUUGGUAAGUAAAACAUUUGCAAAAUUGCGCAGAAAUAAUUUAAAAUCAUUACUUGUGGUUAUAUUACAUUAAAUAUUAAUAUUUGUAUUUUGUUAUGAUUUAGCAUUACCCAGCAGUUUCAGAAGGUAAAAUUUAAAUUCUUUGGGUUUUUUUAAAGCGGUUUAUGUACUUCUUCAUCAAACGUAGACUGGCUAAGCUAAAUGCUGUCCAAUCACAAAAUUAAGUGCUAAAACUCAGUCUAAGUUUUCUUUUAAAUUGUUUAACCACAUCAGUUAACAAACAUGGAUACAUACGCUAUAAUGUUAUUGUUUUAGUUAAAUAACUUGUUUAAAUUGUUAUUAAGGAAAUGAUUAUUUUUUCUCCUUCCAAUAAAGUACAGCAGAAAAGUUGUCCAAAUAUAUAAUUUCCAAAUAAUUUCAUAAUUAUCUGUCAGUGUAUUUCUAAUAGCAUAACCAAAUCAGUAAUUUUUGAUAUAACUGUAAAAGCUACUCUGAAAAUUUAUUAUUCCAAAAAUGAAACUUUCAUCUGGUUGUAAAUAUUAAGAUUAUACCAGCAAGAAUGAGUCUUUCUGUAAAAAAAAAAAAAGAUUUAAAUCAAGUCUUACUGACUAGUGAUUUAAAACAAUUUGAUUUAAAUUGAUUUGAUUUAAAUUAAAUCCACCCUGAUGCAAAUUUGUCUUGUGCAUGUGGUUCCCCUCAGAACUGACAACUGGGAGAGGCCCUGUUCAGUUGGUAGUCUUUCCAAGCUCUGCUCUCUGAAAUCCUUUAAAUUAGAGAUUCCAGGGGUUGAACCCAUAACUUUCUGUAUGCAGAUCCUAUGCUAACACCCUACUGUAGGUGCAGCCUGUCUAAAAGGAGGGCUUGCCUGCAGCCCUGGCUUCUUGGUUUGCGUUGUUAGAUGGUCAUUUUUCAACAGCUCAUGGCCUCCAUACACACUGCCCAGGCUUGCACCUCAGAGAGCUGAUUUCAGUGCUUCUAAUGCAGCAAAACAAUGCAGGAGGAGCUGUGAUAAGUUACCCGUUUCUGCAGCCACAGCUGGCGCUGUGAUUCUCCAGCAGUUUGACUUCAUACCCAGAGAUGCUCUCCACCGUCUCUCAAGACAGACGGAUGCCAAUGACAGUCACCCAGAAUAAAAAAUGAUCAGAUAAAUCACACCUCGUCAUCAACACUCAUACCUUGCAGAAAAAUGGCUGUUAAAUAAUUCUUUAAGGCACUUUAUUGUUUCAGGAAGUAGCACUUGGGUUGCCCGAAUCAAAAUCAGGCACAAAAUACAGGACCAAUCUCACAAGGACCAAAACCAAAAUGAAAUGAAACAACAUUCCUACUUUAGGCAACUCACAGUCUCUAGAUAGCAGAUGAAAUGGAAGAGCAGAAUGAGAGAAAGCCAGUUAAUAAUAAGGGGGGGGGGGAUCACAGGCGUAGUACCGUAUCUUCUGAAAAGCCACACACCAAAUAUUUUGAAAGGUGAACCGAAAUUAAGAAGAGUGUAAAAAUAUUUAGGAAUCUCAGUGACUCUUCCCCUAGAGAUCAAAGAGUCACAAGAUCUUAAACACCCCCAUUAUUAAAUUCAUUUAUAUCAUGCAGACCAAAUGCUCUUCCCUUUCAUCUUUCUGCAAGCUAGCAGUUAACAAACCAGUUUCCUCCCUGCAAAUCUUUCAUCUUUAACUGGCAUAUAAUGAGCAGAUAUUCAACAGGUGAAGCUUGUCCCCCAUCAUUGUAUUUACACAUCAGGAUUUUUUUUGGUUGAAUUCUGCAGUAACCUCGGCCAGAAUAACUGUUGGAAACUCUAGCGGGAGCCCUCAGCAGAUUAAGCAAUUUUGCUUUCUGAUGUAAUGUGUCGUUGAACAGUAACUAGAAAUGAUGUUUUACUGGAAUGGGAGCUGAGCCCUUAAUGCUACAGUGCCACACAGAGAAAUGAGAAUUACUUCUGCCUAGCUUAACAUGUCUGAUAGCCUGCAUUCAAGGCUACAGUCAAUAUUAGUUCUACUUACAGCAGACCCACUGAAAUCAAUAGGUGUAAAUGAAUCUGUUAAUUUCAAUGGGUUCACGCUGUGUAUUCCUUAGUUUCAUUUCAUCCUCAAUCUCCAGCUCUAGUUGCACUCAUCUUGUGGAGUAGUAUUUCAGAACAGGUGCCAACAGUACUGAUAUUUCAUCAGCAGGUAAAAACUUACAUUCAUUCAGGCCUUCUUGGGCCUUAGAUAUUGCUUUAUUGCUCCUUAGAUAUGGCAGGCAUUUUAUACUCUAAAUGCCUACGGAAAUUUGUUUUAGUGGAUUGUCUUACGUUGUUAUGCCUUACAUCACCUUGGUAACCUCUGUUUGGAAUGAUUUAUUUUAACAAAUAAUUAAGAAACAGACUCUACCAAAAGCACAGUUGCUGUUUCCUGAACCAGAGAAUUCCAUAAAGCACAGCAAAGUGAUAAUUUCACCAGCUGCAAUUAAAAAUAUGUUAAAUUGUUGUACUCUAAUGCAACUUGUUUGCUGGGGUUUUGGUUUCUUUUUCUUUUCCAUUUCCUAUUUAGCACAUAAAUUUGGGAUAAAAAGGUAAAGGGACCCCUGACCAUUAGGCCCAGUCGUGGCCGACUCUGGGUUGCGGCGCUCAUCUUGCUUUAUUGGCUGAGGGAGCCAGCAUACAGCUUCCGGGUCAUGUGGCCAGCAUGACUAAGCCGCUUCUGGCGAACCAGAGCAGCGCACGGAAACGCCGUUUACCUUCCCGCCGGAGUGGUACCUAUUUAUCUGCUUGCACUUUGACGUGCUUUUGAACUGCUAGGUUGGCAGGAGCAGGGACCGAGCAACAGGAGCUCACCCCGUCGCGGGGAUUCGAACCACCGACCUUCUGAUCGGCAAGUCCUAGGCUCUGUGGUUUAACCCACAGCACCACCUGCGUCCCUAAAUUUAGGAUAGCCAGAUGCAAUAGAGAACAAAGUUCCUAUACCAUUUAUCUCAAAAUUAGGAGAGGAAAUUUAUGCAGGUGAUAUUUGCAUGAUAAGCUACACCUUUUAAUUUUUAUUAUUAUUAAAUUUGUUAGUCCUUUUAUCUUGCCCAAGGCAACCCAAAGUGACUUACAGCCAAUCCACCAAUCAACUCCCCCCACACAUAGAGACAUUAAAACCAAGGGGGGUGGGGAGGGAGAGAAAUAGCAUUAGAAACCUCCCACUUGCUUCCAAAAGGCCACAGAUAGUUGAAGGCCAAAGGCCUGGUUAUAAAGGAAAAGUCUUGCCUGGCAGCUAAAUGAUGGUGCCAAGUGAGCAGCCCUGGGGAAAGGAUUCCACAUAUACCUGUUGAAAUUCCUCUUCUACACAACUAUUAAAGGUGCAGAAUCCCAGUCCUCCUUUGUUUCUGACCACCCUACAAGCAUUUCAAAUAUCAAAGCACAAAAACAAAAAUGUUGCUUAGGCAUGAGAGGUUCUGAUGAAAGUAUUAAUAGCUAAGCAGCUACCGUGGUACCUCUGGUUACAAACUUAAUUCGUUAGAGAGGUCCGUUCUUUUUUUUUUUUUUUAAAUGAUAUUUAUUAAGGUUUCAAAAAAAAGAUUACAUAGAUAAGAAGAAAAGAAAAAAAAGAAAAAGAAAAAAAAGAAAAAAUACAAAAUACAGAAAAAAGAUAAAAAACACUUAAAAACAAAUCAAUCUUCCAUGCCUUACAUUUCAUUUCCUUACUUCCCUGACCUCCUCACACCUCCCUUUUUUGUGUUCCAGUUCAAUUAGUUAAUUCAGCAAUUCCUUUCCCUCUUUGUUUUAGUCUUAAUCCUUUAACUUAAUAUAUUAUAACUUCAGAUUCUCACCUGUUAACAAUCCAUUUUUACAUACACCUUUAUAACAUUGCUGCUAAAACCACUUAACUUCAUUCUAGAGAGGUCCGUUCUUAACCUGAAACCAUUCUUAACCCUUUAGCUAAUGGGGCCUCCCACUGCCACCGCAAUUGCUGUUCUCAUCCUGAGGUAAAGAUCUUAACCCGAGGUACUACUUCCGGGUUAGCGGAGUCUGUAACCCGAAGUGUCUGUAACCCAAGGUACCACUGUAUAAUGGUUGUUCAACUGGCACUAGAAAAAUGAGGGGACAUUUGUUUGCUGGGGUUUUGGUUUCUUUUUCUUUUCCAUUUCCAUAAAAAGCUCUGUACCCAGGCUUCCACUAGGAGGGACUGUUAGGAUUGCCAACCAGCCAGAAAAGAGGACUGGCCUGCUGCUGUGCCUUUUAUAGCAGCUUGAUCUGCAGAAAUCAGUAGGUGAUGUUUUCAGAGUUUGGAGAUAAACGUUAUCACCUAAAAACAGCUCUACAUCAAGCUGGAGUUAAAGGCAGAGAAAUAGGGGCCUGGGUGAAUUUCCUAUGUAGUUAAAGAAAUAAAGUAAAUCCACACACAAUAUUACAAUAAAUAAAUGUUUGCACCAUAAUAAUUACGAGCAUAGGUCUGCAACAUGUUCCACACUGAAGCAUCAAUAGGGAGGGGACUUAGAUAAAUGGCAUUGUUUCUGUAGGGAAACCUGCUAGGAUAAUUACUCCUAAACCCGUUAUUUGCUCUGGUGUACCCGAGUACUGAAUUUGGUUCCAUAGAUGUAACUGAUUUUCAUUCCUUAUUCAACAAUAAUCACCACUCACAUAAAUGGACAGGUAUAAUUAAGGCGAACCAGCCGUGCAAGUAAACAAUUGUUUGCAGGACUUGAUCCUAAUGGAAGGCCCUCCUGCCACGAUAGGUCCAAACAACUCUUACCCAUAAGGACAGAUGUGUUUCUGUGCAUUUGAUCCAUGAAAGACAGCUUGGUUCUAACUAUGUUAAUCUCCAGCAGCUAAGAAGGGCCAGCGUGGGAUUUGUUCGUUAGUUCCCAAGCGGGGAGGAGAAUGAGUUUUGGUGCUGUAUACAUCCUGUGAGGGGUGUGUGAGAGAGAUGUAUACAUAUGGCAAGUAUGUCUACGCAUUCUGUCAUUCUAGUCACACUCACUGCUCAGGAUAAAUAAGGUUAGCCACUCCUGGUUUAAACACAGUACGGUCACAAUCUUGUUUUCUCCAGGGAUCUUGCUAUGUUGAUUUAACUACUUCAAAGUACAUGCUUUCAGCUGAAGGGCGAUUUGAGACUUCAUAAACCAUGGUUAAUCUCAAUCUCUAGCCGCGGUGCUCUCAUGGCUUAUCACAAACCAUGGUUUAUGAAGCUGGGAGUGUGUAUCAGGUGAUGUUCUUCUCCCUCCCUAGCUCCCCCCUCCUUUUGUUGCAUGCUGACUUUAGAACAAAGACCUGAAUUGUAUUAAACCAGGAUUCCAUAUUAAAGUGGUACCUCGGUUUACGAACUUAAUUGGUUCCGGAGGUCCGCUCUUAAACCGAAACUGUUCUUAAACCUUAAUGAGGCCUCCUGCUGCUGGUGCCCUUCCACCGUUCGGAUUCCGUUCUUAGACCAAGGUAAAGUUCUCAAACCAAGACACUAUUUCCGGUUUUGCAGAGUUUAUAAACCAAAUCGUUCUUAAACCAGACUGUUCUUAAACCGAGGUACCACUGUACGUUCUAAUUCAGGCUGAAUGUCGAUCAACAAACCAGGAUAAUAAGCCACCGUGUGAUGGAAGCAGUGGAGGGAUGAUUGAGGAGUGCCUAGUUUAUGGAAAGCCAUGGUUUGACUGAGGUUAUGAAGUGGCCCACUGUGUCAAUUUGUCAGAAUAAAAAAAUAAAAAUGCUACGUGUAAAACAACAUAGCAUCCUUUCAAUGCUACUCCUUUCUCGUAUUAUUCGAUUAUAUUCUAUUAAAAUAACAUUUGUGCUUCAUCCAAGCUGCGAUGAAUUUGCUGAGCUAAAUGAACAGAGGGGAUCUUUGUGAUAGCUCAAAAAUAGCAACAAUAUUUUUUUAAAAAAUAAUGUUAAAGAUGAAGGGGAUACAGGUGCACAACAUGAUGGAAAACUCACAGGAGGAUGCAAGUGGCAGAAGAGCAAGUUUAGGAAAUAUCUGAGGUAUUUUUAAACUCCUGAGUAAAGGUGACACAUGGAGAUAUGAAGGAACAAGGGUGAGCAGUCACUUCUUAAAUCUCUUUUGCCUUUUCAGUUGUUAAGAGUCACUGUGUUCCGCCAUCCACGU